AUGCCGCCUGCAGAAUGGACAACACCGGACCAGAAAGCUUUUCUUGAGUCGAAGUACAACAAUUUUUUGAAGGCACAAGUCGGGGCGUCUGUAACACAAUUCUGGGGCCCUGUGUUCUCAGAGUGGUUCAGAUGGUUUCCUGAGGAACUUGCAAUUUUUGGUGAAGCGCCGGAAGUCUUGUCAGAAGAGCAAAAAGAAGCGAAAGGCACAGCUAUUGAUCUCAGGCAAAAGAAAAUCAAGAAUUGGUUUAACUACUGUUCUCAGAAAAGCGGCCGCUCUGCUGUAAACGCAAUGGGCAAAACAAUUCGGCAGAUGCUCACCAACAAAGCCAAGGGCACACGAAUCCACACAGAGGCUGAAGUAUUCUCAAAGAUGAGGUAUGCGGAUGAUGUUCAGGCGCAAGUGAAGGAGAGCAUCGCUUCAGGCAGCCUUACCAAGAGUGAAAAGUUGGGAGCUGUGAAAUUGAUGACACGCACAGCUUAUGAGGAUGUGAGUGAGGAUGUUAAGGCCUUGUGUAGGGCAAAGGUUCAGGCAGAACAGGAUGCCAAGGCAUCAGAAGUCCUCAAGAAGACAGAUGGGGCCCCUACCAAUGCGCAAUAUGCUAGGGCACUCACCGAGUGUAUGGGUCCAAUUUCACAAUUCAUGCAAGUCAUCAAAGACAUGACGGGUUGGGAAUGGAGUCUGAUCGGCGCUGGACCAGACCCACGUUUGGACGGAAAUAUAAAUGCUAUGAGUUACCAUUCAGGUGUGAAUGCAACUGGUCUCAAUUGGAAACAAGCGACACCACACUUCAAUGAGACACACUUGAAGGCGUAUGUCGACUUCAUUAGCACAGUUUUUCCACCGCACAUCAGGAAGACACGUGCACUCGACUAUGAUGCGUUAGCAACUAGUAGUAUGCCAUCUGCCCCAUCCGCUUCCCAGUCACUUGAUUCUGGUUGCUCUCAGCCAGAUGCACUUACCACAACACCUCCGGCUACACAAUCACCGCCUCUGGUUUUAUCUGCACCCCCUGCUUCCACUGAGCGCUACAACCUUCAUGACCCAUCUGUUUCUUUCUUCCCCAAUGCCGGUCUGCAGUCGUCCAAUGGAUACAGCCUCCAAGACGUCUCAUUCACAAAAGAUCCCACAGAAUCAUCCAGUUCCUUCCUCAAUGAUAUUCCAAAGGCCUCAUUUGAUGCGCCGUAUUGGGAAAAUCCACCGCCUCUUCUCGGCCCCUUACUCGACGGAUCUCCAAGCAUGCCCAAUGGAUCUACAGGCACUUCCACCUGCGGGACGCCACCUGCACUGCGCUCAUUCCUGUCUUCAUCAAACUCUUUCCCCCCUGCACUACAGUUGUCCCCAAUCACACCACAUUCGUUUACCCAAUUGGCAGCAUCGCACUCACUACCUUCUUUGCCACCUAUAGCAACCCCGCAAUUCACAUUCCUGUCACUCCCUUCCCCAUCACUCCCUUCCCACUCCCUUCCACGUCACUCUCUGGUUCUCCCUUCCCACUCCCUUCCACAUCACUCCCCGGUUCUCCCUGCCCCAGUUCUCCCUGCCCCGGUUCUCCCUGCCCCAAUUCUCCCUUCUUUGGUUCUCCCUUCUUCAGUUCUCCCUGCCCCGGUUCUCCCUUCCCUGUCACUCCCUGCCCCGGUUCUCCCUUGCCCGUCACUCCCUGCCCCGGUUCUCCCUUCCCUGUCACUCCCUGCUCCGGUUCUCCCAUCUGUACCUCCUGCGUCUCCUGCAGUGGAGACUCCACAAAACGGAGACGUGCAGCAUAGCGCACCAGAGAAAACACUCAAGGUAAAACGAAAGCGCGCGACAAAGGCCAUCGACAUGGUCAUGGAGGUUAUUGAGUCCGCUGAUCCAAAUACACUGCGAAAGACUGGUCGUAUUCGGCAGGAGUCCACCCGUAUGGCGCAGGUGAACUAA